AUUUUGUGAACCGUGGAAUUCGACUGAUUUUCGAAUGUUUGGUCUAUUCGCAUCCUUUCCGUGAAGCAAUCCUGCAGUGAAACGAUGGCACAAAGUGACCGUGUGACGGACCUGAUUAUGCAUUAUUAUUUACAGCAUGGACGCAACCGUGAUCUGGAGAAAUAUCUUCGCUUGCGACGGUUAUCGAGUGCUACGCGCUCGUCCAGCGAUGGAAGCCUGCCGAAUUUGUGUCCCAGCAGCGGUUGUGCGGCCGCUGAACGAUCCGGAGCUGGUCGAUCGAUGGAAAACCUGUCCACACUACGCCAAGAAGCGGAACGGCAGGAGGUGGCCGAAGGCGAGCAGUCGAUUCACCGCAAAAAUGCAUCUGCCGGAAGCGGUAAAUCAUCGAACAACAGCGCAAAGCAGGCCGAUGGCGAAGGCGAAGCAGUAGGCGGUGAUGCGGUGAAAGGUGUUACCGUACGAGAGAAGAAGGUCGAGCAGAAGAGUGGCCGCAACUUUAACUUCAACCUGGAAUCAGUGAUUGAAAUAAAUCUGCCACCUCCUCCAAACAUAACGAUCGCGGGAGGCGCGGUUACUGCCCCGAUCGUGCCUCCAUCGAUUAUGUGUAGCCAAAUGGCAGCGGCCCCUUUACAGCCCGCUGCCAACACCAGUGCGAAGAAGGAGCCACCGUUGAGGCUUGUGGUGCAUGAGAACAGUACCCAAACCCCGGUGACUCCGGAGGAUGAUCCAAUACGGCCCGUUGUGAAACCCUCGAGUUCCUCAGCCCAGCCCGGUGGUGGCAACGAGGAAACACUGGACAGCACGAAAGAUCUUUCACCGGGCAGUAGCGUCGCCUCGAACCGCCAAAAGCUCGAGUGGGACUCGCUGGGAGAUAUCGGGUACGAUUCCAGCGAACGCUUACAGUUCUGCGGUGCGGCGGAUUUAAACGAAACCGAGAAACGGUGCCUACAGCGGUACUUUGCUCGCAAAGGUCUCACCUUCGAUCGGAGCGUCGUCGUGGUGCGCCAGCGAGAGGAAAAGGAACGUAAAGUGGCCGCAAAGGCUGCACAGCAAGAAGUAUCCAUCGUGCUAGCGAAUCCCGGUGCCCAAAGCACUCCAAAACCAUCGUGCAGCGCGACCGUGAUGACGGCGAAGCUGGAAGCUGCCAAAGCCACGCAAACUUCUCUUCGCAUUAGCCGCGCGUUGGAAUCCCGUGGCGUACAGGCAGUUGGCGAAGAGCAACCGCAGCGUGACCGAGAAGACAAGGGAAUUGGCACCGAAAGUUGCACGAUGGCAUCGGUCGAUGCAGCGGAAAGCUUUGAGUUCUUUCCUCGCUCCGCACCGGGAACGGGUAGCAACGGUGGUACGAGCGUCGCUUCGCUCUCCACGACGUCUCACCACUCUUCCUCAACGACAUCCUCAUCUGGCGAUGGUCCCAGUUCUGCCACUCUUAAACCGACAUUUGAUGACGAGGUCAAACUGGGGCUCACGCUCUACAACUCCAUCCAGGAGCUUAGCAGCAUGCCAACAGGUGUGAAGCAAAGUUUAAUCGAUAAAAUAUUCCGAAAACUGACGCGCCACGAUCCGAAAAAGCGGACACGCGAACAGCUGCUUCGGGAUUACGCGACGGCCGUUCGCGAGAGGCGUACUGGAGGGAGCGCACCACCGGCAGACCAAGCCAACAACGUGUACGAUGAUGUAAGUCCUUCAGGGGAACACGAUGUCCCGAGCGGAUCGAGUUUCCGGCCGGAGGAAAAGGAAGAACUAGAUCGUAGUUUAGGUGUCGAAGAGCUGGUAGUAGACGAAACGAAAGAUCCAGAAGAUCGCUUCACAAGCGAAGAGAAUGUCGUUGCCGUUGAAGGUUCCGUGCAAGGUUUAUCGUCAGGAUCGAAUGACGCUCAGAAUGCCGUACCGUCCCUCGGUGAUAUCGGCGCUUCAUCUUCCGCUGGUGGCCUUUGUUCGAUUCAAACGGUCUCGUCAUCACACCAGGAAUCGGUUGGUACAGCAAAAGAGAAUGUGCCAGAAAGCGAACCGGCAGCCAGGGAUAAGCGUGUGCGUAAGGCCAUGCAGGACUAUCUGCGGCCGAUGACACAGUCGGAGGUAGAGUAUGAAAACUUUAAAGAACUUCAGAAACGUGCCCAGCGUGCGAAGGAGCCACAACUUGCACUGAUUGAUCGUGAGAUUGAACAGUUGUUGGUGCGCAAAAUGCUGCUUCUAAGUGCCGAUACCGAUCGUCGCACUACCGGCGAGACCGGUAAGGGACUGUCGGUGGCACAACAACGGAACAAUGCAUUGCCAAGUGAACGGAGCGGAACUGUAUACACAUCAGUACAUGAGUCUACCUCCGGUUCGACCUGCGGCGAACCGAACAGUAGUGGUCGCGCAUCGAAGGAUAGUUCCGCAUGGAACUCGCAUUACCACAUGGCCAAAGUCAUCAAAACGCGGUCCAAGCUGGAAACUCCUACUAGCCCUUCGGACGUUAGCAUUCCGACGUUUAUCAAGCAGAAAAAGGAUCAAUUCAUCGACAACUACGAUCAAGUGCGGCGCGAAAGACGCGCCUUCGAGGAACAGAACCACAUCUACACCCGUCCGUACAGCGGUCAACGCAGUGACGCUAUCCGGCGGCAGGAGAAAGAGAACCGUGCUCUCGCGAGGGGCAAGUACGUGAAGGACAAAUUAUCGAAGCCUAUCCCAAUUGCACAGACGGAUCGACGGAUGGUAAUAGAUUCGUCGUCGAAUGUCUCCGUUCCGUCACCGCGAUUGCUCGAUGAUUGUGCCGCGUUCAUAUCGUCGGAUUCUAUUUCGAUUCCCGUUGUCACAACGCUGACCAACACGACGACCACGCAUCACUAUGAUAUCAAAUCGCGCCGACCGACUCCACCGGUAGUCCCGGUCGGACGAACGGCCGGAACGCAGACGACUGAUUCCAUUUUGCGUACGAAACCCAUCUUUGGCGAGCAACGGUCCCCGCCACAGAAGACUAAAAAAUCAAUCUCUACGGCUGCCGCAUCCAUACAGGUAUCGUCCUCCAAAGUGGAUGUAUCAGUCAACGAGGCUAAUGGUUGUCGAAGAACCAGGGAGUGUCACUGCAUGUGCGGACGAGGACGAGAAGCAGCUGCUCGUAAGACGGAGCUUAUCGAUGGAACUGCUGGUAGGCAGGAUAAGCAAGCGCAAACGAAACCAUCCUCCAUUGCGUACGUUAUUACAUUCGAGGGUGGCACUGGGUCCGAGCGUCAUCCCUCGGCCACUAGUGCAAGGACAAAGACCGAGCGAUCGGCGUCCCCGCUUACCGUCUCCAGCAGUCCAACCGCUAGCGUAAGCGAGAGCGACGAAGGAGGUGAAAAUGGAAAGGAUAACGUUUCGGAGAAGAUGCUAACGCUCCGGGAACAAUUUAGUCGCUCCUGUCCAACGACUCUGACGCGCAUCGAGGAGCGGCGCCGGUGCAUCGGAGAGUUGAACAAGCUGCGCAGCAAACGGAAUGCACAGCGGCAACGGUUGCUGCUGCUUACGUCAGAUGAUUCGUUGCGAAGGGCCAAGGUAGCGGAGGGCAAGAGUAAGCUUCCUCCACCACCAUUAACGAGCAAGUGGCGUGUUUUUACCUCGACACGGGCCAUGCGCGAGAACACUCGCCGGCAGGUUCGCAAUCUACCGGAGGUGCUACGGAAGAAGGAGCUCGAGCGGAUGAACAACCUAAAGCGCAAGAAUUUGAUCAUGAAGGACGUCUAUAACAGGAAUCUGCAGCGCAAGGUGUUGCGGGGGCAGGUGGACCUGUCGAACAGCGUUCGCGUGAUCCAGGACUAGAGGCCAGGAGACCGGGGGGCGUACGUACGGAGAACUUUCAUUUUUAUUAGAGUGUGUGCCUUGCUCAAGUUUUGGAAAUUUUAAUAAACAG